AUGUUUGCAGCGGUAGCCGCCCAAGGAAACCGUGUCUCAAGCCGCGGUGGUGGUCGAAGACCAAGGGUUGGGUUUUAUGGAAACAGAUGCCGAAACGUAGAGUCUAUUGUGAGAUCAGUGGUUCGAUCUCAUGUACAGUCUAACCCGGCUAAUGCACCGGGGAUUUUGCGUAUGCAUUUUCACGAUUGCUUUGUUCAUGGCUGCGAUGGCUCGGUUCUCCUCGCUGGUAACACCUCGGAGAGAACCGCUGGUCCGAACCGUUCGUUGAGAGGGUUUGAAGUUAUUGAAGAGGCUAAGGCUCGACUUGAGGUUGAAUGUCCUCGAACCGUUUCUUGUGCUGAUAUUCUCACCCUUGCAGCUCGAGACGCCGUCGUUUUGACCGGUGGACAAAGUUGGCAAGUCCCAUUGGGACGUCUCGACGGCCGAAUCUCGCAAGCCUCAGACGUGAACUUGCCCGGACCAAGCGACCCAGUCGACAAGCAGAAGCGAGACUUUGCUGAUAAAUCUCUAAACACAUUAGACCUCGUAACUCUUGUUGGCGGACACACAAUUGGAACUGCUGGUUGUGGUCUGGUAAGGGGAAGGUUCUUUAACUUCAACGGCACAGGACAACCAGACCCAUCGAUCGACCCGAGUUUCGUUCCGGUGAUUCAGGCUCGGUGUCCUCAAAACGGAGGCACCCGAGUCGAGUUAGACGCGGGAAGUGUGGACAGGUUCGACACAUCAUUUCUAAGGAAUGUGAGGUCAAGCCGCGUGGUUCUACAAUCUGAUCUAGUUCUAUGGCAGGACCGCGAGACCCGAGUCUUCAUAGAACGGUUAUUAGGGUUACGCCGACCGUUCUUGAGGUUCGGAUCAGAGUUUGGGAAGUCCAUGACCAAGAUGAGUCUCAUUGAUGUCAAGACUGGAUCAGAUGGGGAGAUUCGUAGGGUUUGCUCUGCGAUCCUUUAA